AUGGAACGUAAUGUGGUAAUCACAGGCGCAUCGUCCGGCCUCGGCCUCGCGUUUCUGAAGCACUACGCCGCGCAGCACUCAACUCGUGUCAUCGCACUGGAUAUCUCUCCUCUACCUACCGACGUCUCGUCGCUCGAAAACGUAUCGUCCUACAAUGCCGACGUUACGUCUGAGGAGUCGCUGGAGAAGGUUUCCGCCGAUCUGAAUGGCUUACCUAUACACAUCCUGAUACACUCGGCCGGCAUCCGCGGUCUCGUACCCUCAGUCCUCGCAGAGAAAAGAGACGUCGCAGCGGCCGAAACGCUGCAAGUCAUGGACCGCACCACCUUCAUGCGCACCCUCGAAAUUAACACAUGGGGCGCGUUCGCUACAGUCCGCACUUUCAUUCCAAAUCUCCAGAGCGUAGUGUCACACGAACCUGCAGCUACCCCGCCAAAAGUUAUCAUCAUGUCUUCUCGCAUGGGUAGUAUCUUCACCAACAUUAGUGGAGGCGGGUACGCGUAUCGCGCGAGUAAAGCGGCGCUGAAUGCAGUGGUGAAGAGUCUGAGCGUGGAUGUGGAGGGUGUGGUGGUGCUAGCAAUGCAUCCAGGAAGGGUGGAGACAGGCUUGGUGGGAUGGAAGGAGGAGGGAGCCAUAAGUGCGGAGGAGAGUCUGCGCACGUGUUUACCGGUUAUUGAGAGGGUAGAAUUGAUCGACAGUGGGUUCUUCUUGGAUAGGUUUGGGGAGGGAAUAAGGUGGUAG